AUGAAAAAAUUAGAAAAUCCUUAUGUUAUCGUUAUGGGUUGUACAGGUGCAGGAAAAAGUGAUGCUGCAAUUGAAAUAGCAAAAAAAUUUAAUGGUGAAGUUAUUAAUGCUGAUAGUCAACAAAUUUAUAAGGGUCUUGAUAUUGUUACAAACAAAGUUACUAUAGAUGAACAAAAAGGUAUUAAACAUCAUUUGAUGAGUUUUUUGGAACCAGAUUUUAGAGAAUACAAUGUUCAUCAAUUCAAGGAUGAUUGUAUUGAAGUUAUGAAUAAUUUAUGGGAUCAGGGAAAACUUCCAGUUAUUUGUGGUGGGACUAAUUAUUAUAUUGAAGCAGUACUUUUUAAAGAUAAUCUUAUUUCAACUGAUAAAAAUAAUGUAAAAACUAUUCGUCAAAUGCUGAAAAAUAUGAGUAAUGAUGAAUUGUAUGAAAUGCUUCUUGAAACAGAUCAUAUAUCAGCAAACCAAAUCCAUAGAAAUAAUAGACAACGUGUUCAUAGAGCAAUUGAAAUUGCUUUAUCAACAGGUGUCAAAAAAAGUGAAUUUAUAGAAAAACAAAAAGAAGAUAAGAAUAAAUUAAGAUAUGAAAAUGUUCUUAUAUUUAAUAUGGAUGCCGAAAAAGAUGUAUUGGAUGAUAGAUUAGACAAACGUGUAAUUAAGAUGGAAGAACGUGGUUUAAAAGAAGAGUUAAAAACAUUUUAUGAAAAGUAUCAUGAAAAAUUAGGAAAAUAUGGUAUAAUGCAAAGUAUUGGUAUAAAAGAAUUUGAACAAUGGUUUAAAAAAGAAACAGAUUCAAAUUUUGAAAAGGGUAUUUGUGGCCUUCAAGCACAUACAAGAAAAUAUGCACGAAAGCAAAGACGUCGAUUAGAAUAUAAAUUAUUAAAUAAUGUUAAUGAUGUCAAAAAUAUUUAUCUAGUUGAUACAACAGAGAUAAAUGAUUUUUAUACCAAAAAUAUUCCAAUUAUUUUAGAUACUGUUGAUAAUUUUAUUAAUAAUGGAAAAAUUUUAGCUCUUAAUAAUUCAUAUUGCAAAUUAUGGACAGGUAAUGAAAACCCUCAACCAAAUUAUGAUAGUAAUGAUAUUAAUAAAAUAUUUUUUUGUGAUGUUUGUUCUCUGGAACUUCAUGGUAUAAGAUCAUGGGAAUCUCAUUUAAAAGGAAAGAAGCAUAAGAAUUUUAAAGAAAAAAAAUGUAGGAAAAAUAUUAUGGACAAUAAUAUUGAAAUUUACAAGGAAUAG